UAAUUUGAUAGGUAUAUGACUCACAGCCACAAGCCAGAUAAGAUAAGGUUAUGUUUUUUAUGAACUUGUGAAAAAGCUUCAGAAUUUGGCCAAAAUGACGAAGUUUAUGGAAUGGCUAGCCACAAUUGGUUUCUUUUUCUGUCUUUGGGCGGCCCUAAUUACAAAUAAAUUCGAUUCGACGUUGACCCGGCAGUAUUAUAGGGAAAUUUUGUAUUCUCCGAUCGUCUUUAUAAUGUUCUUUGGGUUGUACGCUGCCUUAAUAGUUUUAUACAGAACGGUCACGUUUAAUAAUUGCGAGAAAGAGGCUUUCGAAUUGCAAAAGGAAAUAAAACUUGCAAGAGAGGAACUGGAUCAGUUGGGCUUUAAAUUUAAGUAAUUUUGUAUUGUUACGUUGGUUGGAUUAUAAUAUAUUAAUAUUUGUUUGGUU